GUUCCGCAUUUCGAUUUAUGGUAAAGACGGAGUCACGAACCAGAGGCCCUGGCGACUCAUGUGAAUAACGACUUAUAGAAUAGUUAAAUCGAUAGAAACGAUCUAAAAUUUAAUCAAUUAUUAUCAAUCUUUUGACGGCUACAAUGUUUUCGUCGAUUGUAACGAGAGUUAUCCGACGUUCGUUUUCAACGUCAAAAUGGAAUGCCGUGCAGCAGAUGACGGUACGAGAUGCUUUAAAUUCAGCUUUGGAUGAAGAAAUGGAAAGAGACGAAAGAGUAUUUUUACUUGGAGAAGAAGUAGCGUUGUAUGAUGGAGCCUAUAAAGUUUCGAGGGGCCUCUGGAAAAAAUAUGGAGAUAAACGUGUUAUUGAUACUCCUAUCACGGAAGCAGGAUUUGCUGGUAUAGCUGUUGGAGCAGCUAUGGCUGGUUUACGUCCUGUAUGUGAAUUUAUGACAUUCAAUUUUUCUAUGCAAGCAAUCGAUCAAAUUAUUAAUUCUGCCGCAAAGACAUUUUAUAUGUCUGCUGGACGAGUAAAUGUACCAGUUGUUUUUCGUGGACCUAAUGGGGCAGCAGCCGGAGUGGCAGCACAACAUUCGCAAUGUUUUGGUGCUUGGUAUAGUCAUUGUCCUGGUUUAAAAGUAGUAUCACCCUAUACUAGCGAAGAUGCAAAAGGAUUGUUAAAAGCUGCCAUUCGAGAUCCUGAUCCAGUUGUUGUAUUAGAAAAUGAAAUAUUAUAUGGUGUUCAAUACCCUAUGUCUGACGAAGCUUUAUCAAAAGAUUUUAUUUUGCCAAUCGGUAAAGCGAAGAUUGAACGUGCUGGCAAACACGUUACAUUAGUGGCACAUUCCAAAGCAGUUGAACAAGCUCUUCAAGCAGCGAAUGAACUUGCAGGAAAAGGAAUAGAGGCAGAAGUAAUAAACCUUAGAUCAUUAAGACCUUUAGAUAUAGAUACCAUUGUACAAUCAGUAGUGAAAACGAAUUACGUUGUAACUGUGGAACAAGGUUGGCCGCAAUGUGGUAUCGGUGCGGAGAUUAGUGCUAGGAUUUCGGAAAGUGAAGCUUUCUAUCAUCUUGAUGCACCAGUAAUGCGCGUUACAGGUGUUGAUUCACCUAUGCCUUAUGCUAGAACUUUAGAAAAUGCAUCUCUGCCACAAGCGAAUGAUAUUGUGUAUACAGUAAAUAAAAUACUAGGAUUGGUACAGUAGUUAUUUAUAUCUAUUUCUAGGUAAAAGAAUUAAAAUUUCCCAUUUCUCUCUCUCUCUC